AUGUAUAUUUCUAUAUAAUUAGACCUCGAUAAAUAAGUAGACUUUGCUGAUCACUAUGAACCAAUAUUCGAGGUAGAGAGCAAUCUCUAUAGAGAAGUUAAAGAUAAAAAACAUAGAAGAGCAAUAUUGAAGGUUAGUCCAAAAUAAAAGGCACAAAAUAACAUUGGUUCGAGUAAUGAUUAUUAUAUGAUUAAGUCUGAUGGGCCAUUAACUAUCAGCGAGGAUCAACCAUCAAAAGAAAUGAAUUCCGAAAGUACAUUAAUACUUCAUAAUGCUAUUCUUGCAUAAUCUAGACAAGGUGGGAGAUUGAAAAAUGAAUUCAACUAGAUUGAGAAAAAAAUUUAGUGGAUGAAUAUUCUAGACCAGAAGAAUGUGGAUGGGGAAGAGAGGAAAAAACGCAGACAACUUAAAGUUUUACAGAUUUAUAACGGUAAAAAUAUUUAAGGAAUCGAUAUGAAUUUGAACUAACGAAAUUCACCAAUGAAUACCUCUCUUCGUGAAAAAUCACAAAUAAGAGCAUCUUAGAAUAGCGACUAUAGGCAUACAGUUAACUAGAAUUAAAGUAUAACAAGAAAUAGUAAUAUAAAGCAUAGGAGUAACAUUAAGAUAAGAAAUAUCCCUUAGGGUGAAAAUAAAUCACAGGAUAGGUCUCAAAAUUAGCAAUUAACAGCUUAAUAUGAUAGUGCACAGCUAGCAGCUGAACUCAUGCAAAGACGAAAGCAGAUUCAGAAGGUUUUAAAACAGCAAAUAUAUGAGCGUUAAGGAAACUAAAGUGACAUUAAUAAUAAUAAUAUUAAUCAGAGCACAAUAAGCCAAAAUAUUACUAUAGAUGAAAAUAGUAAAUUGAUAAAGGACAAUACUUAAAUCUCACUCUAACUUAACAAUGAGUCAUAUUCCUCUUAAACAAAGCCAUGCAUUCAACCAGAGAGAGAAUAUCAGAUUAGAGUUAGCUCAAAAUUAAAACUCAGAAAUAAUCAGAUAAUCAAUCAAAGUGCUCAAUAAGGGAAGCCAAUUAAAGCUUAAAAUAUCCGUAGAGUCAAUAUUGAUGCCACAAGAAGUGCGCAAAUUUCAAGGGAAAAUUCCCCAAAUUAAGGCAGAAUUUUUAUGCAACAGCUAAAGUAAAGGAAAAUAAACUAAUCUAAUUAGGAAGCAAUAGCGAAUGUUGUAAAUUCAAAAUCAUCACUUGGAAGUACCCUACCCAUUACAAUUCAGAUUAGUGAACCCAUAAAUUAAAAUGAGAUCCACAAUAAUUAAAAAUUUUUGCCUCACAGAGUAAGAAUGUCUCCAUCUCCUACUCCAAAAAGUCAAGUUGAGUCCCUUUUGCCAAAAUCAAUGCAACAGCAUAAAAGACCUAAUUUUUAAGAUAAUAUCAUUCCAACGGUCUAAGUUAACUAUUAGAAAGAUGGAGAUAUAGGAAUACUAACAACACUAAAGACACCUCAAUCUAGCAAAUUCCAAAACCAAAACUACCUUAAUACCCCUAAUAAUUUUUCCUCUGAGAUAGGUGUAAAUGGUAAUUUCACCGCUAUUCCUUCUAAUCGUGCUGGGAGUAAAUUAAGUCACUAAAGCAGCAAUAGAACUUAAAUGUUCUAGUAAUGCUAUUAGAAUGCUUUAUAAGAUUUUCGAUAGAAAUCAAGCAAAAGAUCAGGGGCAUAGAGCAACCCUAAACAUAGAUUAAUUUAGAUGUACUUUAUUCUUGAUAAUAGCAACCACACUGACGUCUGGUAAUCAAAUGGUUUCAUCAGAAAGAAUAGAAAGUAACAUGGUGAGCUUAGGAAUAUCGAAGGAUAUCCUUAGCCCGUAUAUAUGCAAUAAAAUAUGAGAGAGGAAAUGAAUAGGACUAUUCUUUGA